AGAACUGCUUUGAUUUUAAUAAAGGACUAGGUUUUGUGAUUCCCUAUCUUUCUUGCUUUUGCUUGGAGGGUCAUAUCAUAUCAUAUGUCUUAAACAAAGGCUUUAGAGAGGAAGAGAGAGGCAUUAUAUAAUUUUUUUUUUUUAUUGGCUUUAGAUUAUUGUAAAGGGUAUAGCCAGCUAGGUAGCUUGCAGUCUUACACUGGGUGGGUGAUGGUGAGAGAGAGAGUAUAUAAAUAAAGGGGUCACAGAGCCAAAAGAGAGAGAGAGCUGAUCAGGUAAGAAUUGUUGGGUUGUGAAGAAUUUUUGUUAAAGAUAAGCAAAAGAAGGAAGGAGAGAAAUGGGAAGAGGUAGGGUUGAAUUGAAGAGGAUUGAGAACAAGAUUAACAGGCAAGUGACCUUUGCAAAGAGGAGAAAUGGGCUUUUGAAGAAAGCCUAUGAGCUUUCCGUUCUUUGUGAUGCCGAGGUUGCUCUCAUCAUCUUCUCUAAUAGAGGAAAGCUGUACGAGUUUUGCAGUAGUUCAAGCAUGCUCAAAACACUUGAGAGGUAUCAGAAAUGCAACUAUGGAGCACCAGAACCAAAUGUAUCUGCAAGGGAGGCUUUGGAGCUAAGUAGUCAGCAGGAAUAUCUGAAGCUUAAAGCUCGCUAUGAAGCCUUACAACGAUCUCAAAGAAAUCUUCUGGGAGAAGAUCUUGGCCCUCUAAGCAGCAAGGAGCUUGAGUCACUUGAAAGGCAGCUUGAUAUGUCAUUGAAGCAGAUCAGAUCAACGAGGACCCAAUACAUGCUGGAUCAGCUCACUGACCUGCAACGCAAGGAACACAUGCUGAACGAAGCAAAUAAGACCCUGAAACAAAGGCUGGUGGAAGGAUACCAAGUAAAUUCAAUGCAGUUGAAUCCAAGUGCAGAAGAUGUUGGGUUUGGCCGCCAAGCAGCUCAUGGUGAUGUCUUCUUUCAUGCACUGGAGUGUGAGCCUACUUUACAAAUUGGAUACCAGCCUGAUCCAAUAACAGUAGUGACUGCUGGGCCAAGUGUGAAUAAUUACAUGCCAGGAUGGUUACCCUGAUGAGAAGACUCUGCAUCAGCCAUUGGUAUGCAUUCCUUUCACAAGAAUCAACAAAUUUAUCUUUUGUAUGGUAUUUUGAUGAAACGAGCAGUUGUAAUUUGGACCUAAUAUAUUUAUUUCUUUACCUUAGGAACAGUAAAAGUAAUUCUGUAAUGUGUGUAUGUAUGUGUCCAAGAACUGCACUAGCUACCUUAGCAGUUGCAGGCUCUGAAAAUAAUUGUCAUUUUGCAUAAUUUAGGCCAUUUAAUUAAGCUGUUAAUUUAUAUCCA